GAAAAUUCACUAAAAGGAAGAAGUGUAGUAGCAGAAUGAUGGUUGAGGAAGUUAUUGCCAUAACUGGUGGUAGCGGAUUUCUUGCGCAACAUCUAAUCUCCUAUUUACAGCGGACAGAUCAUCAUGAAAGAGCUGUUGUCGAGAUUCGAACCAUUGAUAGGAAUCCAUUCAACAAAUUUCUCGGUAUUACAAGCAACUUUUUAUUCUGA